CGCAGCCUGGUUCAUGGUGAUGUAGUGGCCAAUAUAUUAGCCCCAUUAUUCAACCCAGUAACCGUACAGCAAUAAAGUAUUCAUACAUAGACUUUUUUACAAUAAUUUUUAUUUCCUUUUUCUUCUGAUUCUUCUCUCUGUUUUGAAGAACUAGAUUUAAUCCAAUCUUUCAACCCAGAAGAUACCCUUGCUGUGAUUUUUAGUGCGUGAAGAGUAGAUUGCCAAAGAAGAUGGAAGCUUGAAUUUUUUAAGCCCUUCUAGUUUAGCAGGUUACUUCUUUCUUGGGGCUUUGGAACAAAAUGUCAUUCCGCAGUAUAGCUCGAGAUAUAAGAGAUAGUAUAGGGAGCUUAUCCCAGCGAAGUUUUAGCGUAAGGCUGCCUGGUCAUCAUAGAGGAAAAUCACAUGGUUCAUUUCACUACUUGAAUGAGCCUUUGAUGCUUCAGAAUAGUCGAUGGGCUAAUCUCCCACCAGAACUUCUUUUUGAUGUAAUUAGAAGGUUGGAAGAAAGUGAGAGUGAAUGGCCUGCUCGGAAGCAUGUAGUUUCUUGCGCUGCCGUUUGUAGGUCAUGGAGGAGCAUGUGUAUGGAAAUUGUUAAAUGUCCAGAAUUUUGUGGGAAGCUCACCUUUCCGGUUUCAUUAAAGCAGCCAGGCCCGCGUGAUGGAACUAUUCAGUGCUUCAUAAAGAGGGAUAAAUCUAAUUUAACAUACCGUCUUUUCUUGUGUCUUAGUCCUGCUUUGCUAGUGGAAAAUGGGAAGUUCCUUCUCUCUGCAAAAAGAACUCGCAGGACUACUUGUACAGAGUAUGUGAUCUCAAUGGAUGCAGAUAACAUUUCAAGAUCCAGCAGCACAUAUAUUGGAAAACUAAGAUCGAAUUUUCUCGGUACGAAAUUUAUAAUAUAUGACACACAGCCUCCACAUGCUUGUUUACAAACCUCUCCACCUGGUAGAACAAGCCGUCGAUUCAAUUCCAAGAAAGUAUCUCCCAAAGUACCAAGUGGGAACUACAACAUAGCUCAAAUUAAAUAUGAGCUGAAUGUGCUUGGGACACGAGGUCCACGCAGGAUGCACUGCGUCAUGCACUCAAUUCCCAUGUCGGCCCUCGAGCCCGGCGGUGUAGUGCCUGGACAGCAAGAGCUUCUUCCAAGGCCUCUCGAGGACUCAUUUCGGAGCAUCUCUUUCUCAAAAUCUCUUGAUCACUCAACUGAGUUCAGCAGCUCUCGAUUUUCUGAUAUUGUGGGGUUAUCCAACGAUGACGAUGAUGGUAAAAUGAGACCCUUGGUUCUCAAGAACAAGGCACCCAGAUGGCACGAACAGUUACAAUGCUGGUGCCUCAAUUUUAGAGGACGGGUGACCGUUGCAUCGGUCAAGAAUUUUCAGUUGGUUGCUGCUACACAGCCAGUUGCUAAUGCACCACCAACAUCUCAGCCAGCACAGUCGGACCAUGAUAAAAUCAUUCUCCAGUUUGGCAAGGUCAAUAACGAUAUGUUCACCAUGGAUUAUCGAUAUCCCCUGUCUGCUUUUCAGGCUUUUGCCAUCUGCUUAAGCAGUUUUGACACCAAAUUGGCUUGUGAAUAGAGUCUCUACAAAAUGUCAAGACAGAGAGUUAACGAAUAUGCUUGUAUUUUUAUCUUUUGGAUAAUUUGCUCCUUUUCUUCGUUAGAAUCGAGUACCUUUUUAAUGAUGAUGUAGAACUCGACUAUGAUUUGAGACAAAGCCUUUCUCGUUGUACAAAUUCUUCUUAACCAGCAUUCGGGUUAUUGUCAAUGUCUUUUUAUGGAUUUUUUCAGUAUU